CAAAGAGACACAGCCCGUGAGUGAUGCCGAUCCACCUAAUCUACAAAAACAACGGGCAGCACUGAGGGCAGCGUCUGCUUGUUUCUUCUUAGUUCAUCUUCGUGACAUGAUAUUUAUUUUGUGAAAGACGCGUGGUCAGGAAACCUCAGUAGCUGUGUUGGUGGCAUCUCCCAGCACUCCUUCCUUCUGGAAGACAUGGUCCUGGUUUUUUGGUUGGUCUUCUUCACCUACACCUGGAUCACACUGAUGCUGGAUGCUUCUGCCAUCAAGGAACCCCACCAGCAAUGCCUCUCUUCACCGAAACAAACCCGCAUUCGGGAAACUAGAAUGAGGAAAGAUGACCUUACUAAAGUCUGGCCCCUGAAACAUGAACAACUGUUGCACAUUGAAGACCAUGAUUUCUCCACGAGGCCUGGAUUUGGAGGUUCACCAGUGCCAGUGGGUAUAGAUGUCCAGGUUGAAAGCAUUGACAGCAUUUCAGAGGUCAACAUGGACUUUACCAUGACGUUGUAUCUCAGGCACUAUUGGAAGGACGAGAGGCUCUCCUUCCCUGGCACUACAAACAAAAGCAUGACCUUUGAUCGCAGAUUGAUUCAAAAGAUUUGGGUGCCUGAUAUCUUCUUUGUCCAUUCUAAAAGAUCCUUCAUCCAUGACACAACUGUGGAGAAUAUCAUGCUUCGAGUACAUCCCGAUGGAAACGUUCUCUUCAGUCUCAGGAUAACAGUUUCAGCCAUGUGCUUUAUGGACUUCAGCAGGUUUCCUCUGGACACUCAGAACUGUUCUCUAGAGCUGGAAAGCUAUGCCUAUAAUGAAGAGGACCUAAUGCUCUACUGGAAACAUGGCAACAAGUCCUUAAACACGGAAGAGCACAUUUCCCUUUCUCAGUUCUUCAUUGAGGAGUUCAGUGCAUCCAGUGGAUUGGCUUUCUAUAGCAGCACAGGGUGGUACUACAGGCUUUUCAUCAACUUUGUGCUACGGAGGCACAUUUUCUUCUUUGUACUGCAGACCUAUUUCCCAGCCAUGUUGAUGGUAAUGCUUUCAUGGGUUUCAUUCUGGAUCGACCGAAGAGCUGUUCCUGCAAGAGUUUCCCUGGGAAUCACCACGGUGCUCACGAUGUCCACAAUCGUCACUGGUGUGAGCGCCUCUAUGCCCCAGGUGUCAUAUGUGAAGGCAGUGGAUGUGUACAUGUGGGUCAGCUCCCUCUUCGUGUUUCUGUCAGUCAUUGAGUAUGCAGCCGUGAAUUACCUCACCACAGUGGAAGAGUGGAAGCAGCUCAACAGGAGGGGAAAGAUAUCUGGAAUGUACAAUAUUGAUGCAGUUCAAGCCAUGGCCUUCGAUGGCUGCUAUCAUGACGGUGAGACUGACGUGGACCAGACUUCCUUCUUUCUACACUCUGAAGAGGACUCCAUGAGAACAAAGUUCACAGGAAGUCCCUGUGCAGAUUCAUCUCAGAUAAAGAGAAAAUCCCUGGGAGGAAAUGUUGGUAGAAUCAUCCUGGAAAACAACCACGUCAUUGAUACCUACUCUAGAAUUGUCUUCCCCGUUGUUUACAUAAUAUUUAAUUUGUUUUACUGGGGUCUAUAUGUGUGAAGAGGACUUUUUUGCUUGAUGACUUUUUCCUUUCUUUGCAGUACUCAGGAUGUUGCAUGUGCUAGAUAAUUAUUUUACCAUCCACAGCCUGAAGAGGAAUGUUUUCUAUAAACUUCCGUUGGAGUCAGAUGGUGUUAUUUACCUCCUGGAUAUAAGUUGGACAGUUAAACUGGAAUAGAGCCAGUCAUGUCUCUUGGCCUCAAGAAGAUGUAAACGAUGAUUGAUUAACAUUUAUUGCAAUGUUCGAAGUCUUGGGGAAUUUUGGCUUUUUU